AUGCAGCGAUCAGGUGUGGCCAGAGCCACUCGUUCGCUGCUUGAUCAGGCGUCCAGCUCGUCAAGCGCUGGUGAACGUUGCGCUCGUCGUGCCUUAAUUUCAGCUGCCAACACAUCUGUGCGACCCUCCACUCGAAGCAACAUUUUCGGUCCCCAAUCUCGCACCACAACGCAGAACCGACCCAUCUUGAUGUCACAGCGACGCAAUCUGCCGCCCUCCUCUAAUGUCGCAUCCUCAUCCAAGACCACUGUCGCCUCCUCUGCCGACUCACCCGUGCCUGAUUCCCCCAUCCCAGUCUUCACCACCGUCCAAGACUACCGAGCAUGGCGACACCAGGCUACCAAACAUGGCAAGUCGGUUGGCUUCGUCGCUACCAUGGGCGCACUUCACCAAGGCCAUCUCAAACUUGUCGAAGCCAGCUUGGAGGAGAAUGACUUCACCGUCAUCUCAAUCUUUGUUAACCCUGCCCAGUUCGCUCCCACUGAAGACCUCGCGUCCUACCCAAGAACCCUAGAUUCAGACAUUCAGAAGCUGGCAACCGUCACUAACACCAUCUCGUCAGGGACACAGCGCAAAGUAGACAUCGUAUUCGCACCGAGUGUACGCGAGAUGUACCCAAACGGGCUCACACAAGUUGUCUCAGAUCAGAUCGGCGCAUUUGUCGAGGUCAAAGGACUCAGUCAUCAGAUGGAAGGAGGUAGUCGACCCACUUUCUUUCGCGGCGUCGCAACCGUCGUCACCAAGCUUUUCCACAUCAUCCAGCCCGAUCGCACUUACUUUGGCCAGAAGGACAUUCAGCAGACCGUUGUCUUGCGCCGGCUCGUUUCCGAUCUCGUCUUUUCCCAUCCUCCCUCUGCUGAACAUCUUCGCGUCAUCGCCACUGGCCGUGAUCCCAACGACAACCUUGCGCUCAGUAGUCGCAACGCUUAUCUUACUCCAGACUCGCGCCAAGUUGCGCCUGUGCUGUACCGCGCACUCAAGACAGGUCAGAAUGUGUGGGGGCAGCCGCAAUGGACGGAUUCGCGUAAGGAGGAACGUAUCAGGAAGACGUUGGAAAGCGCCAAAGCAGUGGUUUGGGAGCAAGCAGAGAAGUGCAAACAUGAUGGGAAAGACGUAAACCUCAAGCUGGACUACAUAUCUCUCAAUCAUCCCAAGACGCUAGAGAACCUGGAACAGACCUUGAAAGAGAAAGGACCCGAAGCGGUAGAUAUGGGAGAAGGAGCUGUCUUGAGCGGUGCAGCCCUGAUCAGCCAGGGUAAGGAUGGUAAGCUAACUCGAUUGAUUGACAACUUGCUUCUUGGUUUCAAGCUAUAA